AAAAAAAAAAAAAAAAAAAAAAAAAAAAAAAGCCCUCCAAAAAAGCCCUCCAAAGAUCUUAGCCUCGAGGAAUGUAAUAACCCGCCCCUCUAAAUGUCUUCUCUGCCUAUUGUGUAUGUGACCAAGAGAUUGCAGUUCUCUGCAGCACACAGACUUUACAGCCACACGCUCAGUGAAGAGGAAAAUGAUACACUAUACGGCAAGUGUGCACGAGUGAAUGGUCACGGACACAACUAUGUCGUCAAGGCAACGGUACGAGGACCAGUCGACAACACGACUGGGAUGGUGAUGAACAUUGUCGCUCUGAAGAGUGCCAUGGAAGAGAGUAUAAUGAAACCAUUGGAUCAUAGAAACCUGGACAAAGAUGUGCCGUUCUUCAAGGACAAAGUUAGUACAACUGAAAACCUGGCCGUCUUUAUUUGGGGUGGGCUUAAGAGAGCUCUCGGAUCACAUGAUGCUGAGCUGCUGUACGAAGUCUGUGUACAAGAAACUGAGAACAACGUCUUCACAUAUCGUGGAGAGGUUGCCAUGGACAGUAGUAGCCAUUAAUGCUGUACGUUUUAUAUUUUGCAAAUUUUGUACAAUAUUCAUGAUACGUGUUUUGUCACAAGACAAUUCAGAAAUUUACAGUCAUAAUAUUAUAAA